UUCAGUCACUCUACAUCCUAUCAAACGAGCACCAUGUCGACCACUACAGCAACCUAUCCAUUCUACCAGAUCGACGUCUUCACGGACAAGAGAUAUCUAGGCAAUCCGCUGGCCGUCGUCGUGGUUCUGGAUCCAUCGCUUCCAGUGCCAACAGACGCACAGAUGGCCCAUUACGCUACCUGGACCAACCUUUCCGAAACGACAUUCUUACUCCCUCCAACGGACUCAACCAAGGCCGAUUAUCGCGUGCGGAUCUUCACGCCAGGCGGGGAGCUCCCUUUCGCUGGCCAUCCAACCCUGGGUACGUGCCGAGUGUUUCUCGAGCACACCGGUGUGGCUAUCAGCGAACCUAAGAAGGUUGUUCAGGAGUGCGCCGUAGGACUGGUCGAGCUUUCAGUCUCUCUGGAUGGAUCCAUCGCGUUCGUAGCACCGCCGCUUUCAAAGACUGGAACCGUCGAAGAGGACAAGAUCCAGAUUGCCUGCGACGCCAUGGGAAUCGACCGCAAGGAUAUUUUGGAAGCGCAAUGGAUUGUCAAUGGGCCUGAAUGGUUUGCUAUGUGGGUCAAAGAUGCGGAGACAGUAUUGAGGGCUAAGCGUAACCCGACAGACCAGUCCAAGGCACUGAAAUAUGGCAUCCUUGGAGAGUAUCCAGUGCAGCAAAGACAGAAUUCGCAGGAUCCACUAUUUGAGGUUCGGACAUUUCCUCAUGCAAGCGGUGUUGAUGAGGAUCCUGUUACAGGCUCAUUCAACGCUGGAAUGGCUCAAUGGCUCAUUGGGUCAGACAAGGCACCUGCCAGCUAUAUCGCUUCACAAGGAUUGGCCAUGGGUCGUCGUGGAAGAGUUGUGGUCAAGCGUGAUGACUCUGACGCGUCGAUUGACAAAUCAAAGAGAAAGAUCUGGAUCGGAGGUCACCAAGUUUUCUGCAUCAGAGGAGCAGUUCAGAUCUGAUGUAUUUGGUACCUAUCGUGGAUCGAGUAGUCAUCACACAUUAAGCUACGAAAAAGAUACCAACUAUGUACUCGUAUGCAGCGAAUAGAGUCUUUCAUUUCUGGCGUCAAUUGUGCAUUCCUACAUCGCCACAAGGACAUAAUAUCCAAAUCAGGAACCUGAGAGCUGCUACCAGAUCAAGUCCUCCUAUUUUGGCGACCCUCUGCAGCCUCAGCCUUCUAAGCCGAAGGAACGUCCUCCGCGGAAGAGAAACCAUCUCUCUUUUCAUUGUUCUGAUACAGAGAC